UACGUCCCUAACGCAAAAAAGUUUCCUAUACGCAAUAAUACUGAGAAGAAGAAUCGUAAGGAGAGGAAAAACCAGAGAGAUUGAGUGUACGUUGCAAGAGACGUACAUGGAGAAGAAGAAGGCGGUGUUGGUGGUGAUGCUUCUGAGUGUGUUGCUGCUCUGUCAUGCAGAUGUGGGGGGAUCCGCAGCAGCUCAGGAUUUGAGUCCUUACGACUGCUACGAUGUUUGCACCACCUUUUGCGUUCAGUAUGCGCCUGACGCGAGGCGCAUGAGUCGAUGCGAAAUCAAGUGUGGCAUCGAAUGCGACGGCUAAUUAUCCAGGACAGAAGAGCCAGCGAGCUGAGUAAUUAUCGUUGUAAUAGGUUCAAUUUAGGGCCUUAAAUCAAAUGCUAGCAGUAAUGGUAUACUAUUCGUAAUAAUUGAACUUUCUCUCAAUAAGUCGAUCGAGUUAUUUGGAACCAACUGAUGAUUCUUGACAUCGCAUCAGAGACUUCGAUAAUUGAAAAGUCUCAUACGUUUUCCAACUCCGACUACCGCCACACAUCAUGAAAUUUGGACCUAUACAAACUUAAUUCAAACUCAUAUGAGUUGAGUUUAGUUCCGCUGCAAGAAAGUGUUACUAAAUAA